AUGCUUGUGUUUCUUUCAAUCCCAAUAGUGAACGUGCUGACGAUUGUGGUCCUGUCCCAGGGAAAGUGCGGUCUUUCGAAAGGCGUCGCUCGUUACUUGAUGGCCAUGGCAAUGGCGGAUCUUCUCGUUGUUGUCUUCGACCUGGUAUUGAGGCAGAUUCCUAUUGUUUUUUGGAAAGCGUUUAUAUUCCUGAUGAACAUCCCCGUGUGUAAUAUCCACGCCGUCCUACGUUACACAGCUAACGACUGCUCCGUCUGGUUCACCGUCAUGUUCACCUUCGACCGAUUUGUGGCUAUUCGCUACCAGAAUCUGAAAGCUAAAUACUGCACCGAGAGAACUGCGGCUGUUGUUCUGUGGACUGUGGCCGCCCUGAGCUGUUUAAAGAACAUUUUCUGGUAUUUUUUGCUCUCAGGACACUACCAGUUUAAUAACGUCCCUUGGUUUUGCCACGGAAGAGACGGUGUUCUGUUCUCAGUUGCCUGGACAGUAGUCGAGUCUUGCAGCUUCCUUCUGACGCCUGUGAUCCCGUUUGUGGUUAUUCUGCUGCUCAAUGCUUUGACCAUCAGACACGUGGUAGUGGCGAGCAGAUCUCGGAGGAGACUCCGGAAUCACAGCAAUGGGGAUAGCUCCAAAGACCCGGAGAUGCAAAGCCGGAGGAAGUCGCUCAUUUUACUGUUGGUCGUGUCGGCGAAUUUCAUCGUGUUGUGGGUGCUUCUGGUUGUGCACACUGUGUGGAUACGAUCAUAUUUUUUUCGUUUAUCAUAUCUGAUGUAUGUCUCGUUACCACCUUCGACCAUGAGGGAGCUGGGCUACAUGCUGCAGCUACUGAGCUGCUGCACAAACACGGCUCUUUACGCCUUGACCCAGAAGAAGUUCAGGGAGCAGAUGCGGGAGGUGUUGAAAUCUCCAUUCUCUCACCUAGUGAGACAAGCUAAUGGGAAACUAAGUCCACCAAUUAAACGUAGCGUAGUGGUUCGCACAAUGCUUCAAAGCGCCUGA